AUGGUGAUGACAAUCAAUACAACUAAAAUAGAGAGAUUGGUUUCAUCUAUAGAAAAAAUAAGUAGAAUAUUACAGAAAAGAAAUGGAGUGGUAUCUGGAGUGUUCUUCACCGACUUCUCGGAAUGUUUACAGACUUUAGAGCUAAGUUUCGGAACACAUCUGGUAUCAACACUAGAAUGUGCAGUAGACGGUUUAUUUGAAAACGUUUGUAUGGAAAUUCGUCGAAAGAAGUCUAAGAUGACAGAUCAAAAUUUGAUGUACGUCUUGGUAUUGUUAAUUAUUCAUAAAACUGCCAAGGCAUUCGCUCCUAGAACCAUAAAGCAUUGGACAAUAGUUCAUGUAUGUAUGAUUUAUUUAAAAAGCGCCAGAAAAAUACUAAUAUUAUAG